AAGUGCUUUUUCAGUGCAUCCUGAACUGAUGCCUUCACUCCAUCAGCUGCUCAGAUAUUCAUGAAUUGCUGCGUCUUCCAGCAUAGCUUUCUCUCCCUCUGCCUUUCUGGCGCGGCACUCUGACCCUCCCUCUGGCUUCUGCUCUUUCUUACUCCUCUCAGCUGCUUAACUACAGCUCCCACUGGAACUUGCACAAUCAAAAACAGCUCUCUUCUCCAGCAGCCUUCAGAAGUGCAUCACCUGGAGCAGAGCGGCUCGCCCCUAGCGCUCGCUGCAGAGCUGCCAGGUAGCUGGAGGGGGGAGGGGCGCAGGAGGUCCCCUCCUCCUACUCGGCAGCGGUUGGAGCAUCUCCUUGAAUCCGUUGUUGUAUCCUGGGGUAUUGAACUAGAUUUCAAAUAGAUUUCAGAGCAAUAAUGGAAAGAGAAAAGCCAUUGCCGGUGGCAACAGAAAGUGGGGAGAGGUUGCUGCAGUAGUCUAUGCUGCAGGACGUGUGAGUGAAGACCCGAGCGGGGUUAGAGUCUCCAUCCCGCUGGGUCUUCAUUAACUGUCUCCUGAAGGGAAAACCGGGAACCAGAUGCACUGACCAGGCGGUGGCCACCCUGGAUCUAUAACUGUGCACUCCUCCUCGCUGUGGAAAAUGGUAAACAAAGACAUGAAUGGUUUCCCAGUCAAGAAAUGCUCAGCCUUCCAAUUUUUUAAGAAGCGGGUACGAAGAUGGAUCAAGAGCCCAAUGGUCAGUUUGGAUAAGCAUCAGAGUCCCAGCUUGAAGUACACAGGCCCAUCGAUGGUGCACAUCCCACCUGGGGAAUCAGACUUUGAAUCUUCCUUGUGUCAGACAUGCUUGGGAGACCAUGCUUUCCAAAGAGGAGUUCUCUCUCAGGAGGAAUCGUGUUCGUGGGAAGCCCAACCUGGGUGUGAUGUCAAAGAGCCAUGUAAUCAUGCCAACAUCCUGACCAAACCUGAUCCAAGAACCUUCUGGACUAAUGAUGAUUCAGCUUUCAUGAAACAGAGGAGGAUGGGCCUGAACGACUUUAUUCAGAAGAUUGCCAAUAACUCCUAUGCAUGCAAACAUCCUGAAGUUCAGUCCAUUUUGAAAAUCUCCCAGCCUCAGGAGCCAGAGCUUAUGAAUGCCAAUCCUUCUCCUCCACCAAGCCCUUCUCAGCAAAUCAACCUUGGACCGUCAUCCAAUCCUCAUGCUAAACCAUCUGACUUUCAUUUCUUGAAAGUGAUUGGAAAAGGCAGUUUUGGAAAGGUUCUUCUAGCAAGACACAAAGCAGAAGAAGUUUUCUAUGCAGUCAAAGUUUUACAGAAGAAAGCAAUCCUGAAAAAGAAGGAGGAAAAGCAUAUUAUGUCAGAGCGAAAUGUUCUACUGAAGAAUGUGAAACAUCCUUUCCUGGUGGGCCUUCACUUCUCUUUCCAGACUGCUGACAAGUUGUACUUUGUCCUAGACUACAUUAAUGGUGGAGAGUUGUUCUACCAUCUCCAGAGAGAACGAUGCUUCCUGGAACCACGGGCUCGCUUCUAUGCUGCUGAAAUAGCCAGUGCCUUGGGUUACCUACAUUCGCUGAACAUCGUUUAUAGAGACUUAAAGCCAGAGAAUAUUUUGCUAGACUCACAGGGACACAUUGUCCUUACUGACUUUGGACUCUGCAAGGAGAACAUUGAACACAAUGGCACAACGUCCACCUUCUGCGGCACACCUGAGUAUCUUGCACCUGAAGUGCUUCAUAAGCAGCCUUAUGAUAGAACUGUGGACUGGUGGUGCCUGGGAGCUGUCUUAUAUGAGAUGCUGUAUGGCUUGCCUCCUUUUUAUAGCCGAAACACAGCUGAGAUGUAUGACAACAUUCUGAACAAGCCCCUUCAGUUGAAGCCAAAUAUUACAAAUUCUGCAAGACACCUCCUGGAGGGCCUCCUGCAGAAAGACAGGACAAAGCGGCUGGGUGCCAAGGAUGACUUUAUGGAGAUUAAGAAUCAUGUCUUCUUCUCCCUAAUUAACUGGGAUGAUCUCAUUAAUAAGAAGAUUACUCCUCCUUUUAACCCAAAUGUGAGUGGGCCCAGUGACCUGAGGCACUUUGAUCCAGAGUUUACUGAAGAGCCAGUUCCCAACUCCAUAGGUAGAUCCCCUGAUAGUAUCCUCCUCACAGCCAGCGUCAAGGAAGCUGCUGAGGCCUUCCUGGGCUUUUCCUAUGCACCGCCCAUGGACUCUUUCCUCUGAACAGUCUGAAAUGUGAUUUAAAAGGAUUUUUUUUUUUUGCGUGUGUUUUAAAAUUUUCAUUUAACCUUUUGGCGGAACUGCCAGCCGACAGAACAUCUUAUAAGAGAAUUUGCACAUCUCUGGAAGCUUGCACACCUUGGCAAUCUUACUGCACACUGUUUGCUGGAAGCUUUUUGAAGAGCACAUCUUCCUCUCACUGAACUCAUGAGAUUAUCAUUUUUAUUCUUCCAACGUGGUGCUAUCUCUGAAAGGAGCAUCAGAGUGCCGCCUUAGACAGAUGCAGUCAUCUCAUUUUGAAAACAAAAAGGACAUUAUUCUAAGAGGGGUCUGUCUGGGCCACGAUAAUGAAUCUUAUGAAAUGUGCCUUUUCUGAUGAGAUUGUGUUAGCUCCAAAGCUUUUCCUGUUGCAGUGUGUUUUCGUUUCCUAGUUUUCAUUGUGAAUUUACUGUGUAAACAGUGGUAUGAGUGUGGUAUGACUGAUCACAGAUGGAUUUAGUUAUAAGCAUCAAUGUGACACUUGCAGGAUACUACAAUGUGGGACAUUGUUUGUUUCUUCCAUAUUUGGAAGAUAAAUUUAUGUGUAGAUUGUUUUUGUAAGAUAGUUAAUAACUAAAAUUUAUGGAAAUGGUCUUGCAAUGACUUGUAUCCAGAUGCUUAAAGAAAGCAUUGCUGCUACAAAUAUUUCUAUUUUUAGAAAGGGUUUUUAUGGACCAAUGCCCCAGUUGUUGAUCGAAGCCUGGUGUUUUAAUUGUUUAAAAUGUCACCUGUAAAAUGGGCAUUAUUUAUGGUUUUUCUUUUUUUUUUUUGCAUUCCUGAAAACGAUGUAUUGUAAAAAAGAAAGUCUGUACAUUGGAUAAUAACACUAGUAUAUUUAAACUGACAGGCUUAUUUGUAAUGUAAACCACCAUUUUAAUGUACUGUAAUUAACUUGGUUAUAAUAUGUACAAUUCUUCCCUCCUACAUACCACACAA